AUGGUCGCUUACGACCUUCUCCGAGGCACGGCUCUUGCCUUCAUCACCUCCCUCUCGCUCAUGCCAAACACAACGACCUUAGACGAGCUUCGCUUCGAUAUGGCGAAGAUCCGCGCUGCGCGCGCCCCAAAUUACACUCACACUUUCGGCCACAACUACUUCGUCUCGCAAACACCACCUAUGAAAGGAACGUCCGACCUCGAAGGCUUCAUGAUGCGCGUGGCAUCGAUGACGCUCAAGUUGGAGAGCGAGACAAACGAGGUGAAGGCGUUAGCGGUAGACGAGGUGCAAGGUUCCGUGGUCGCGAGAGUGUCCUAUCAGAUGAAGGCACCAGGGCAGGAACCUGUGGAGAACGAUCUGGUUUGGUGGCUCUGGAUGGAUGCGCAGGGAACGAAGGUGGAGAGGAGCAUGGAGUUUGUGGAUCCGGUGGCGACACAGGAGCUGCAGAAGAGAAUGACAGCGUCCAAUUCUACAGACGCAAAGUGCUAG